GAUGCUUCAAGCUUCCCCUUCCGCCUCCAGUUGCUCGGAACAGAUUCAAUAGAACCGCAUCCUAUCACCCUCCACUUGAUCACAUCACUCAAGUAUCCGAACAAAAUGAAUCCAGUCCUCCUUGUGCUACUCAGUUUCAUUUGUCUUGCUUUUGCCACUCAGCCCUCUCCGUGCGUCAAGAUCCACAUGAUCGUUGCCCGACAGAGUAGCGCCUGGCCAGGGGAAGGUCGUUUGAAAGAGCUAGCUGAUUAUAUCAAACAAAAACUCCCAAGUUCUGACUCGGAAGCGCUCCAGUAUCCGGCAUAUGGCGAUAUCUGGCGAUAUCAUUCGUCGGUGUUCGCUGGGGACAAGGCUAUGGUCACUGCUAUCAUUAACUAUACGUCACAUUGUCCGGAUUCAAAGAUUGUGCUUCUAGGAUACUCUCAGGGUGCUCAUAUCAUCGGUGACAUUCUUUGCGGCUCCAUAGUCGAGAGGGAUUUUCCACCUAUCCCUCCAAUUCACGAUCACCUGGGUGCAAGGAUUAUCGCAGCGGUUUCAAUGGGGGAUCCUACAUUUGUCCCAAGUCUUCCGUAUGACUUCGGCACAAGCAAGAACACCGGGGUUCGACUUUCCUCUCCGAACUAGAGCUACAACUAAUAUGUAGAGCCAGAAGUUCCCGCGCGUGAACAACACAGUGUGCACCAAAUACGACUUCAUUCGGCGGUCGUAUUGCGAUGAGGGCGACAUAUACUGCGCGUCGGGGUUUUGGUUCGGGGUUCAUAGAAGAUACGCGGUGAAAUACAAGGACGACGCGACACGUUUUGUGCUUUCGAGAGUUAAUGCAACAAUGUGACAGUGGUCACAUGAUGAUUUUAUGAUGGGGUUAAGAAGUGGUGAGAAUGCUGAGUGGAGGGCAGACAUUACUGACGCCAAUACAGCUAUCCGUUGUGGAGGAUUGGCGCUGCUCAUCUACAUAGCUAGAGAUAAUUAUCCAGCUGUGCUCUUGAUCAGACCUAAUAGCAUCAACUAAGUUCUGCACUUUAAGAGAAUGUUCUCAAUAUUCUAUGCAUUUCUACAAGAGUAUGUCCUGGAUGAUAGCGUCGGUACACGUGUUUGAUUAUGGAGGGCACCGAGAAAUGUGAUACAUCACAUGCAGCACUGCAUGCC